AUGUUUAGAAGUCGCAAGAAGAAGGAUGCCAAGGACGCAACAGAGGCAGCAAGUCGAGCAUCUAGCGAUAUCGAGCACACUCCCACCGUCAAAUCAUCAAUAACUUUUAGACUUGGAAAGAAGAAGGAAGAGCCCGAACCAAAAGUAGAAUUGGACCUUGAGAAUGCUUUGCCGCCGUUGGAUGACUUUCGAACAAGUCUGUUGAUGAAUGGAUUAUCAGCUCGGUUUUCUAUGUUACGAGAACAAGACGAUCCAACUUCAAAGAUUGGUAAAGCUAGUGAUGACAGUGUGUUAUUCCCCAACCGAGCCUCAAAACUGAUUGACUUUGGAUUCCAAGGACAUGGUCUCUCUGACAUCGCAGAGGUAUCGUCGAUACAUGGAUCGGUUCGACCACCGUUUACCUUUUCCAAGGUUGAUACAUACGCAGAUGGUUACGGGACGGAUGACGAAUCUGUACACACCGGGAGUAUUAUGAGUCGACCAAAACCGAGCGAGGGCAAUGUUCUUUUCGGUGGCCGUCAAAAGAUUUAUAAAAUUCCCGCAGGAUCCAAAAGUUCGGGUGAUGGUGGUCUAGGAGGUCGUGUAUUGUAUGACAAUGAUGUUAGCCCGUCGGCUUUUCAGAAGUUACGGCAGAAGGAAAAGGAACAACAAUGGGAUGAGCGAAACGAUGAUGAGGACAACAAUGCAGAUAUAUCGACAGCAGAACACUCGAGAGCUGGUUCCCCGCCACCGACUGGAUACAAUCGUAACCGGGAAACAUCAUCUACCACUUCCUCUGGGCCAGUGACCACGAGAAUUUCUACAGCUGCAACUUCUUUCACUUCACAACGUACUCCAUCACUGAGUGGAUCUCACACGCCAGUUUCAGCAGGAGGCUCUGGAACGAAUUCCGGCAUGGAAAGAUCUACACCCAAAAUGCGCCGACUCUACGAAACUGGUUUGGAUCAACAUGUACACGAUCAACAACACUCAUCCAUGAACAGAAUCGAUAGCCUGACCAGACAACGUGGUAUGGGCGCUCAGACACCUCCACUUACAAUGAAUUCGCCUACAUCAGCUACCUCUGUUAAUGCAUCUGACAAAUGGGACCGCAAGCCAGUGCUUGCUAAAGGCAGUAUGCCUAAUUUGCGUGCCGCAAGUCCACCACCAAGUCAUAAUCUUCCGUCACCCAUCAGCGGGUUUGACUUUGGUCCAUCAGCGAAAUCAGCUCACUUGGAGGUGGAGCCUAAAUCACAGUACGGAUUCUCAAACCCUCCUCUGAGCCCUCCAGCCAGCGAAAAUGAUGAAGCAGCACCAAUAUCACAAGUCAAUGACAGGGUCAAGGCUAUGAUGACUGGUGGGAAAAUUAAGCCUAUCCAACCCCAUGACGAGGAAAGAACCUACCAGAACCAAUUCCAAAUGAACACCGGUAGAGAGACACCGCCUCCAAGAAAGCAUUCCCCGCCGGGACCUUUUGUCCCACGACAACAGCCAGGACCACGACUUCGUAACGAUUCUGGUGCACAGAACUACCCUCCUCAGAGGCAUUUCCCUCCUAAAGAUCGAGCUCCCGAGCUACAAUCCCCGAAACAACAACGGAUAAUAAUUCCUGGAAGUGACUCUGUUUCAGUACCGUUUAUGGGCUCUCCAAGUCGUUCAGUAGCAUCUCCUAGCAAACCAGAGUUUCCUUCCAAGGGACCUGUCAGUCGACCAUGGGGACUUCCUCAACCCCGCAGCUUUCCCAAUCUGAAAUAUCGUAAUCAUAAUGAUCCGUUAAUGACAUCACGACCUGACGAAUCUCAGCAUCCAGCAAAUCAGGCAAUUGCCCUUGCGGCUCUAGGUCCACAACAGCCACUACCGGCGCCUCCAACCAGCUCUUCAAAGAUUCUGGAGAUCAAAACCACACCACCAGAUGAUGGCGAAAGAGAGCCUGAGCCUCCAGCCGACUCGCCAACACUGCCGGGCCUGAGUGGAAUGGUCCGUUCACAUUUACGAUCUGACAGUGACAGCUCAUCCAUAUAUGGCAUCACUGCAGCUGGAUUCAAUCAACAAAUAUCUUACGAUCCGAUUGAAGAACCUUCUCAGGAUUAUAGUGAGAGACGAAACCCUUGGGAAAUUAAUGAUUGGGAUGAAACCCCACUAAGUCCUUUGGCUAAAGUAAAUGCUGCCGUUCUCGACCCUCUUGCCAUACAGCCGAUAGACUCGGAUGCCGAGGCUGAAACUAUACCAAAGGCUGCAUGGGAGGAGGAGAUGGAAUCACGUCACAAUAGAGAUGGAAGUUCGGCUACUCAACAAGAGCGACAAGAGUUCAAAGAGGAGCUUGCUCAACGUCGAAAGCAAGUUCAGGAAAACCUCAAGAGCCUAGUGAUUGAAGCUGAACGUCAACCUGAACGCCAGGUUGCCUCACCUACUCCUGGCUCGGCCGUUCUAUUGAAGACUAAGGCCAGCCUCAGCGCGUUGGCAAUGAAACAAAAGGAAGCCGCAGGCCAAUCCAAAGCCAUGAAAAUGUUCGGGAUUGGCAGUAGUCCAGUCAUACAGAAUGGACCUCCUCAACCAGGUAAGAAGAGAAUUGAUGACAGCUCAUGGAAGGAGGAAGAGGAGGAAAUGUUACGAAAUGUCGCUACUUCUUCCACGCCACCCCAGGUGAAGGCCUUCCGUCAAGCUCGAAGAGAUGCACAACGUGAUCGGGAGCAUCAAAUGACUUUGAGGCAUCAGCAGAAAGGUGACGAUGCUUUCAACGAAAUUAACUGGUCGAGCCCGAGGCCUAAUGAGCCCCGACAAGCGCAUCCAUAUGAAGCAAGAAACAUGCAGGGAAUAAAUGAUGCAUCUGCUAAUUUCGCAACGCGUCAAAGAGCUCAAAGUCGAGAGAGAAAACCCCCACCGGUGACACAUUCUCAACGGAAUGCAAACAGAGAAAGCAAGGGCAGUAUAAGCACGAGCUUUUCAGGGUCGCGACCUGCAUCUCGUACCUCUAGAGAUCGUUCAGGUUCUGAUGCUUCUGGUCGAUCUAAGAGCCGCAAUGGCCGAUACAGAGAUGAUCUAGCUAAAGCGAUGGCCGAGGGAACGGGUAGUUCAAGUCAAGGUAUUGUUGAAGACCUUCACAAUGCUCGCCUCAUGCUCAAACCUACCGUAUCAGGUGUAUCCCCUGGUUCAUCUCCUGGUUUGCCACCUGGCCGCCCAUCCCCUAUCCCAUCCCCAGCGAUGGGGCCAAGACCCAGAAAUAACAGCAAAGCACAACCUUCGAGUUAUUUUGAACCUCAGAAUAUGCACGCUCUGCAAACGGGUGACGCAUUGGACAUUGGUAUUUCACCUAGACCAUCACCCGUCACCCCCUUUUCAGUCAACUCUACACCUUCUUUACAUGAUCCGUCACCCAUUGGGCCACGAUCAACUACUCCAACAGCAUCCCAUGCAAAUGGCUACAUGGCCGCCCGCAAGAAGUCGGUAACAAAAUCCGAGAUCUCGGAACCCACUUUCAUAUCAUCUACUUCCCGUGUCUCAACAAUUAAUCUUCCACCUGGAUCGAGCCUUCAAAACGGUAUUGCUCCACCUAUUCCUGCAGUUAAUCCAAGAAGAAGACAAACGAGAGCUAUGUUUGGUGCGAUGAUGGGAAAAAAGGACUCCAGCGAAUAUCUUGAGAGGGAUGAGAUUCCAUUGUCUACGACGAGUAGUGAAGAGAUGAGCACCUUCUCAGACGAAGAAGAAACUCCCCGAGAGAAACACAGACAGAGAUUGAGGAAGAGCCUGAGUGAGGGAGGCAAUCUGAAUGCCGAGGCAAGAGAAAAGGCAUACAACGCGCCAAGUCCGGCCAUGCCAGAUUUCCUCUCUGGAGCUGGAGGUGUGAUGGGACCAGGACCAGGACCAGUACCAGGUCAGGAUGGAAGCAUGUUCUGA